AACCCUCCUCCCUUUCCCUCUCAAGAAAUAAAUCAUUUUCAUAUUCUCCCCAAAAACCAAAAAAAUAAAAUCCCUUCAUUCAUUCAAUUGAAUCAAUCGAAUCAAGUCGUUUAUAUAGUUCACAAAAAAACAGAGAGGCUCUAUCUCUGCAAACUGCUCUGUAUUCUUUCUUUCUUUGUAUGAAAUUAGAGCUUAAUUGCGAUGGCCAUGUUGAGAUCAAUGACCGCCAGAAAAAGCCCACAUGCAUAUAAGCAGCUGAUUAAAGAUGAAGAAACCCAUGAUCUGUUUGAGCCAAAGUUCAGCAGAAAUUCAAGUGUCCCAUCCUUUAAAAAUGGAGUCUUUGGCACCCCAUCGCCAUCUUCUUCUUCUUCUUCAUCUUCUUCGUCGUCAUCUCAGGCGAAAUCUCAGGCGAAACAAGCGGAGAAGGCCAGCAAGGUUCACCCGAUUUUCAGCCUCUUCAACACCGGCCGGAAAAGUAGCAGGGCCACCGCCAGGCCGGAGUUCUCCAGGUAUAUGCAGUAUCUCAAGGAAGGUGGAUUCGGCGGCGUCAUAGACAUCGCCGCCGCCGCCAAAUCGAGCGUGCCCGGAAACUGAACCGUUUCUUCCGAUUCCUCCGAUUGGAUUCCGUUUAUAGUGCAGUUUGACUUUUGUCAAGCGACUCAUAUAUGCCCAAUCCAAAGUGAUGAGGUGAUGUAACAAUAUAUAAUUGUUCAAUUCCUUUUGCACCAAAGUUUAUGAUUAUUAUUAUACAUCUUUGAAAAAUGAUGAAACAUUAAUUUUAAACUGCUUUGUAAAAUAAUUUAUUUAUAAAAUCAUAUAUUGAUGAAUUGAAGUUAUUUCAAUAUACAAACCAGUUAUUAAAUUGUUGUAACUUCC